CGAAGCCACCGCCCAAACUCCCCCCACUCCAGCUCCUCCAAAGGCUGCCUUCCGCACGGGAUACCCCGCUGGCAUGUUCGGAGCGUCUUCCGAGGAAGCGCAUCAGACGUUGCCGAACCGUCCGCGAGGCUUGUGUGAAGGGAGUUUCGGAAGCUCGGCGAGUGAGUAGUAACGCCAGAGGCGUGUCUUCGUUCCGCUGCUCCUUUUAACUCUUCGUUUUUCUUCAAAGAUUAAACCUCCCUUGAGGAAGCGCUCCUGAGCAAACACUUCGGCGUAGAGUGCCGUUCGUGGGAGUUUUGAGUAAGGAGGCGUAAUAAUCACGAUGUUGCCAAUUUGGAGUCUUUGGUUUAUCUCAAUUGCUGGAGCUAAAAGUUUUUCUGCUGAAAAGAGCAUCCCAUUUUGUGAUGUUGCUGAUUGCAAUUUUCAUGGGAAAAGUCUGCAUUCAGUUCCACUGGGCCUAUCAGAUGCUGUCUUGGGACUGGACCUGGCCUUCAAUAGCAUUGUGCAUAUCCGAGAUGCUGACCUAAAGUUUGCAGUCAAUCUUAGAACACUUUUGCUUCAAUCCAAUUUAAUUCAGACAAUUGAUGAGAAUGCCUUUGACUUCCUUGGAAAGCUGGAGCAUUUGGAUUUAUCAUGGAAUAACCUGAACUACUUGUCAUCCACUUGGUUCAGAAAUCUUUCUUCUUUACAGAAAUUAAACCUAAAGGGGAAUUCCUACUCAACACUUGGGAAAUUUCCAUUAUUUCCUGGCUUACAAAAGCUGAGAUAUCUAUACUUGGGAAAUGAUAAAUUCUCUUCUUUACAGACAAAAGAUUUUGAAGGAAUUUCAGUUCUUGAAGAACUGGAGAUUGAGGGACGGAAUCUUAAACAAUAUUCACCAGGAGCUCUACAGUCUCUUGAACGCAUAAAUCACAUUAUUUUGAAUGUUACUGUCAACUCCAUACUGAAUUUGAUUUUAAUUGAUGUUAAACAUUCUGGGGUGUUUCUUGAACUGAGAAACAUACGCCAUAACUUUUUAUCCCUUAUCCGUUAUUUCAAAGAGGUUCCAAUGACUGCUCAAAAGCUUGGAUUUAGAGAGAGUGAUUUUUUAGAAAAUGAGGUGGUUCCUUUUUUUGAUGCGUUAUCUGGUAUGACCCAGUUACAAGAGUUAGAAAUUAUAGAUAGCAGAUUACAAGGUACUGGGCAUUUCCAUAAUAGUCAGCAAAUUUCUACUAAUGUACAUAUAGUAACACUUAGGAAUUUAAAUAUAGAUGCAUUUUAUUUAUUUUCAGAUCUUUCAAGCAUGUGGUAUCUUGUACAGAAUAUUACCAGACUAACCAUUGAAAAUACAAAAGUUUUUCUUGUGCCUUGUGGGCUUGCAAAAAAAUUCCAUUCAGUAGAGUAUCUUGAUUUCAAUACAAAUUUGCUUCAGGAUUUGUUUUUUGAGCAUUCAUUGUGUCCAGGAAGUUGGCCUAAACUGCAGACUCUCAAUGUGAGUCAAAAUUCUUUGACACAUCUUGAUCGGACGGCUCGAAGUGUGGCUCAUUUAGUCAACCUUACUAACCUAGAUGUAAGUCAGAAUAACUUAGAACAAAUGCCAGAAUCAUGUCGUUGGCCAAAAAGCUUGAAAUAUUUAAACAUCUCUGGCUGUAAAGUAGAGAAACUUACAGGUUGCAUCCCUGACUCUUUAGAAAUUCUGGAUGCAAGCAACAAUUUCCUCUAUGAAUUUAAGAUGGGCCUGCCUCAUCUUCAGGAACUUUACCUUAAAAAUAAUAGGUUAAAAACUCUACCAGAUGCUGCCUUCAUCCCUCGUGUAACUUUUGUGACUAUUAGAGAAAACAAUGUUUUUAUGUUCUCUGAGCAGGAAUUGGAAAAGUUUGUAGAACUGAAGUCGCUGGAUGCCCGUUAUAACAGUUUUCAAUGCAAGUGUGAAUUUGUUUCCUUUGUACAGUCUUAUCCAAGAAUAUAUAAUAUCUGUAUUGGUUGGCCUGAAAAUUACAUCUGUGAUUCUCCAGAUUAUAUAAAAGGGGAGCAGAUCGGAGUUGCCCAGCUGCAACUGACUGACUGUCAUUUCAGGUCUUUUGUGUCCAUCCUUUGUAUUCUGAUAAUCCUGAUCAUCGUGGUGUCAGCAUUUCUUUGCUACAAGUUUCAUGUCAUUUGGUAUAUACGCAUGACUUUGGCCUGGCUCAAAGCAAAACGCAAGCCUCAAAGGACCCACAACCAGGCAGUCUGCUAUGAUGCGUUCAUUUCCUACAGUGAACAAGACUCUGAAUGGGUGGAAAAUAUUAUGGUGGAGAUGCUGGAGCAAUCAAACCCUCCACUUAAACUCUGUCUUCAUAAAAGAGACUUCAUGCCUGGCAAAUGGAUUGUAGACAAUAUUAUUGAUUCCAUUGAGAAGAGCUCUAAAACCCUGUUUGUGUUGUCGGAGAAUUUUGUGCGGAGUGAGUGGUGCAAGUAUGAAUUGGAUUUUUCUCACUUCCGUUUUUUUGAUGAGAAUAAUGACACAGCCAUUUUGAUCCUCCUGGAAUCUAUUCCAACAAAAACAAUCCCAGAAAGGUUUUGCAAACUCCGAAAAUUAAUGAGUACCAAAACUUAUCUUGAAUGGCCAAGUGAUAAGGAUCAACAACAGUUAUUUUGGUUUAAUUUGAAAUUGGCAAUAAAAGCCUAGGUGACAAGUUGGUAUAAUACACCCUUUCCAUUACUUUUAGCAGUACCCCUGGUGUGAAGAAUUUGUUAUGGUUCAGGAUAUGCAGUCCAGGCCGGUCCAUUAGCAGGAGGCAAGUAGGCUUCCAGAAGUGUGAUUCCUUGAACCCCAAAUAUUUUCAUCAUCAUGUACUUUGACUGCUUUUCUCUCAGCAGAAAUAUCGAUAACAUCCAACACUACCUUUGUCCAAGUUUUGUACAUGUAUCUCAACUCUUCAGAUAUUUAUGAGAAAGAAGAAAUUAGCAGGGGAGCGUGUAGCAGCUAAGGUACAGUUCUAGCAGAGUCUUGAGAACCAGCAAAUUGAGAGAUUGAGAUAACUGAUAGAUAAAAUUUGUGAAGUGCAUUAAGCCACUUUUUGCUUUACUGUGAUAUAUUAAACAAGAUGUAACCUGAAGUCAUGCAUCAUGCUAAGCUGUAAAUCUUGAUUUACAAAUCACAGGGCCCUGUAUAGCACAAUAAGCCAAACCCAAAGAAGCCACACAGUGUUUAGAGUGAUGUGUCCACUGAGUUAACUUAGGUGUGACAAGCAAAUGAGGCCAGCAGGGGAACCAACACGGAUAGUUUUUCAGUCAUGAUUAAUUAUAAAAACAAACAAACCAGCAUCUAUUACAUUCAAUGCUGAACAAGAGUAUAUAUUAUAUGAUUGUUUAUUGUUUAAAUAUUAAACAAUAAGUAUAAAUACACUGUAACUUAAGUCUUUUUCUAUUGUUUUUUUUAGGAUUUGAUGGUUGCUAAGAUCAGACAACCACUUGAUGGCAUUUAAUUGCUAGAUGGCAUUUUAUUGGUUUUUAUUAUCUUUUGAAAGCUUCCGGGAGCCAUUAAGAGAUAGGCAGCAUAUAAAUCAGUUAAAAGCAUAAAAUGAAGAAGUUGUUUAUUUUUUUAUUUUUUUUUAUUUCCAAUUUAUAUAUUUAUAUAGUUGAAUGUAUCCUAAGAAGAACCAUAAACUGGAACUUCCUGUCGUCUUCAGUGUUUGAGAAAAUGACCAGCACAUUUGCAUUAAGCUUCAUUUAUUUUUUUGAAGGGCAAAAAGCACUUCCUGUAGCUAUUUUAGUUUACUGUGAAAAAUGUAUUUUCUGGUAAGAUUUUGCAUUUAUCGAUUUAAAUAAAGUACAUAACUAUUUGGUA